AUGAUAAGAACGUUAAUUAAGAAAGAAUUUGAAUAUGAUAAAUAUAAAAAAUUAGAACAAGAAAUUUAUAGAUUAUUUAUAAAUAAUUGUAAAGUUAUUAAAGAUUUUUAUUGGAAAACUACACAACCUUUACUUGAAUAUACAGGAGCUUCAAAUUGUUUUUCUCAAUUAUAUGCUUUAACUAUUGAUUUACAAUUUGUGAAUUCAUCAGCAUUAUUUGAUAUGGCGAAAAUUUGUCAAAAUAUUGAAGAUUUAAAAGUUUGGUAUUGUAAUGGUGAUAUUCCAGGAUUAAUUAUGUUAAUUGAUGUUCAAAAAAAUUUACAAUCAUUAUUUAUUUAUUUUAUGGAAGUAGAGGAACCAUGUGUACAAUUAAGUGAAGUAAUAGAAAGAAAAGCUAGUACAAUAAAAAAAUUUACCAUGGAACCAUUUAUUGCUACACUUUCACCUAAAUUUUUUCCUUUAUUAAUAAAUUUACAACAUUUAGAUCUUAGGAAUAUGAUUAAAAUGAAAAAAGAAAUUGUGGGAUUACAAGAAUGGAAAAAUUAUUUAUCAAUUUCUUCAUUUCCAAAUCUUCAUUGUCUUAAAACUAUAUAUUUACCAAUACGAUUUAAUUGUAUGUUGAUUGAAAAAUCUCAUGGAAGUAUAGUAGAAAUUAAUAUAAGUCGACAUAGUUAUAAUAGAACUCCUUUACAUUCAGAAAAAUUAAUUGAAGCAAUUUCUAAAAAUUGUCCAAAAUUAGAGAAAUUAACUAUUGAUGUUGAACUUAAAAAUUUAAGUGGAAUAAAAGAUAUUUUAUUAAAUUGUUCACAAUUAAAAAGAAUAAGACUUUCAUUAUGUAAUGAAGGUAGAUUAAAUGUUUGUGAUGAAUUAUUAGAAAUCUUGGUAAAAUUUUCACCAAAUACUUUAAAUAGUUUUUCAUUAAAUAAAUGGAAAUUUUCUGUUGAUAGUUUACAAUCUUUUUUUGAAAGUUGGAGAAAUAGAUUUCCAAUUAUAUUUGAUUUAUAUUUUGGUAAUUUUACUGAAGAACAUAAAAUUAUUGUGAAAAAAUAUUUUGAUGAAGGAAUAAUUAAGGAAACAAAUUUUUUAUAA